AUGUUGUUCUCCAACUACAUCCGCGCCGCCGCCCUCUUCGCGGCCAUGGCCUCGGCCAUUCCCAUCGCCAUGCCCCCGACGGCCACCGAGGUGCAGGUCGAGACGGAGACGCAGGUGGUGACCGAAGUCCUUGUGGCUGGUUCCCACGGCUCGCACACCACCACCACCACCGUCAAGCCCACCACCACGGCGCAUCACACCUCGACCUUCGCCUCCACCCACGUCUCGGCCACUCCCUCCGCCUCCGCCGUCGCCUCCUCGACCACCAGCAGCAGCAGCAGCAGCGCGACAGGCGGCCGUGUCGAGAUCGUCAACAACCUGAACCACACCAUCUACGCCUGGUCCGUCUCCAACACGCAGGGCGAGAUGCAGACCCUCGUCCCCGCCGGCGGCACCUUCACCGAGAGCUGGCGCACCAACCCGGACGGCGGCGGUAUCUCCAUUAAGCUGUCGUCGACCACGGAAGUGAGCAAGGUGCUGCAGUUCGAGUACACCGCCGAGAGCGAGACCGUCUGGUGGGACCUGUCCUGCAUCAACAUGGAGAAGAACUCGUGGUUCACCGAAUACGGCUUCUCCGCCGUCCCCAGCGUCGAGUCGUGCCCGUCGGCCAAGUGCGCCGCCGGCGAUAGCGACUGCUCCGAGGCGUACCAGAACCCCGACGAUGUCGACACCCUCAGCUGUUCGUCGGACAGUGUGAUCAAGCUGGUUCUGGGCUGA